AUGUCACUCCACACAUCUUCUACAUUAAGAAGCAGGUCAUAUGAUGUAAUGAUCGAUAUGCCCACCAACCACAAGGAUAGCAAUAACUGGGCCCAAAAGAACCGGCUUUUGGAAGCAGCGUCAUUUGAAAUGGACGACGACAUCCAGAGCAUGUAUGGGGAUAGCAAUGAUAGCAAUAGUGCUAUGCCGCAUCAGCCCCUUUCUGCUGCCAUGGAAACCAGACCGUUGGAGGAGAUGGAGAUGGACGACGACAUUUGUAGCAUCAGUGACCUCCGCUGCUUUUUCGAGGAUGACGAAAAUGCGAAGACGAAUAACCACCCAACCAGCCCAGUCAAAAAGGGAAUUCAAUAUCUAUCAUACUCAUCCAGUCUUCAACGACUCCCGAGAUCAGGUGCCAGUAAACGCCAAUUUUUAUCAGUAGAUCCACAGCGGUUCCUAUUUGAUACAACCAUCGACCAUCGAAUAUAG